AUGCUGAAGUUCUCCAUAAUAGCAAAGUAGCUGACAUUCUCCAUCACAGAGAAGAGAUGAAGAAGCGUGCAAUGCAAAUGGACCUUGUCAACUACUGGCAGCAGCACCAGCAGCCUCGGAGCCAGCAGAUGUUUGACCUGAACAACACAGACCACAGAACAACAGGCACAGAAGAUGCACAGACGAUGCCCCCUGGUUUUGUGGGUGAAGACCCAGAGAUUGAGAAACGAUUGCAGAGGCAGAGGGAGCAGUUAAGAGAGUGGCUCAUCCAGCAGCAGAGCGAGCAGGCGGCAGAGAGGCACCAGCAAACGCUAGAAGAGCAGCGAGACGAUCAAAUGAGAUUAGAGAUGGACAACAGAGCUCUGCAGCUUCAGAGCCUGGAGAUGGAGAGGAGAAGAGCAGAAGCCGUUGCCACUAAAGAGUUCAAUCUGGCCAAGAUUGAAGAGAAGCACCGUCAGGAGCAGGAACGUAAUGAUGAGGACAACAGAGGUGUGGAUGUCGAUCCUGCCCUGGGCAGGUGGGGAGUACCUGGUCUGUGUCCAGGCACU